AUUGACGCCUGUUCGGUUCCCUCUCUGCGUGUUGAAGGUGAAUUCGCUUGUCCCGACUGCCUCCGCCUGGGCUGCUCUCAAUCGCUCGGGUGCUUAAUAACAACGGAUUUCUCCCCUUCUUUUGCUUUGUGCCGGGAUCCCUAAAAAAAAUGUCUAUAUUCGCUGAAGUACCUCAAGCUCCUCCCGUGGCAGUUUUUAAAUUAACUGCCGAUUUCAGAGAGGACACUCACCCGCAGAAGGUGAAUUUGGGAGUCGGAGCCUACCGUACAGAUGACUGUCAGCCAUGGGUUCUGCCUGUGGUGAAGAAGGUGGAGAAGAUGAUAGUGGAGGACAAUAGUCUGAACCACGAGUAUCUCCCCAUCCUGGGUCUGCCUGAGCUCCGCUCUGCUGCCUCCAAGGUGGCCCUGGGAGACGACAGCCCUGCCAUCAAGGACGGGAGGGUGGGAGCAGUGCAGGGUCUGGGAGGGACUGGUGCCCUGAGGAUCGGGGCGGAGUUCCUGCGGCGCUGGUACAAUGGAACCAACAACAAGGCCACGCCCGUCUACGUCUCCGCGCCGACCUGGGAGAACCACAAUGCGGUGUUUGCUGAUGCCGGGUUUACCGACGUACGUCCGUAUCACUACUGGGAUGGAGCAAAGAAAGGUCUGGACCUGACCGGUAUAAUGGAUGACCUGGAGAAAGCCCCGGAACACUCCAUCUUCGUGCUGCACGCCUGCGCCCACAACCCCACCGGGACCGACCCCACCCCUGACGAGUGGAAGAAGAUCGCUGAGGUCAUGAAGAGGAGGAGUCUUUUUGCCUUCUUUGACUCAGCCUACCAGGGCUUUGCUUCAGGGAACCUGGACAAGGACGCCUGGGCCAUCCGGUACUUUGUGUCCCAGGGCUUUGAGCUGUUCUGUGCCCAGUCCUUCUCCAAGAACUUUGGCCUCUACAAUGAGCGUGUUGGUAAUCUGACUGUGGUGGCCCAGGACAAAGACAACCUGACCCGUGUCCUGUCUCAGAUGGAGAAGAUUGUCAGGACCACAUGGUCCAACCCCCCCUCCCAGGGAGCCCGGAUCGUGGCCAUCACACUCAACAACCCUGAGCUCUUCACAGAAUGGAAGGGGAAUGUGAAGACCAUGGCUGAUCGCGUCCUGUUGAUGAGAGACCAGCUCAAGGCCAAGCUCAUCGCCCUGGGGACCCCUGGAACCUGGGACCACAUCACUGAGCAGAUCGGCAUGUUCAGCUUCACCGGACUGAACCCCAAGCAGGUGGAGUACAUGAUCAAGGAGAAGCACGUGUUCCUGAUGGCCAGUGGGCGCAUCAACAUGUGCGGCCUGACCUCCAAGAACAUCGACUACGUCGCCGAGUCCAUCCACGAAACCGUCUCCAAGGUCCAGUGAGGCCCCGCCGCCUCGACCUCCGGCUACUUCCUGCUUCCUGUCCGCGGCGGGGAAGUAGCGUAGCUGUCACGUGUGUGUUCUCGUUGAGCCCCGCCCCCUCCCUUCUGUGUCCAUGUUUCUGAUUGGUUGAAUUGCACUAUGGGGAUUAGGGAUUUUGCGAUUGAACCGAUGGCAGCUGAGCGCACUGUGUUUUAUUAUGGACGGUAGGCUAACACACCAUUCUGUUAAUACGCACACUCUAUUUUCCGGGGUCAUCGACAGGCACCUUACUGGCCAAUAACGGCCCACUAACGAUUGUCUUUGGCCCUGCCCAAAAUGCUUGGUAAAAUAUACAGUUACAUUUACAUCCUUUGGUCAGAAAUGACAGUAGAAUCACCUGGAAUUUAGCUAAAUCGUUCUUUAAUUUAGGACAUCUUUUCUCAUGUAUUCUUAUGGACACAUUGUAGGACUUGAUGUAAUCUCAGUGUAAUCAUCAUACGACGGUGUUGUUACUUUCCAAACUGUUACGUUUUUAGCAGUGGUCAUUUUGCAGUGCAUACAUUACAGUUAUGUCUCAUCCACCCGGCCCAAGGCUGAGUAAAGUUACCUUGCUCUUCUCUGAAUGUAAAGCUAUCCAUCUACAGGUUGGGGGAGGCACAUGCUUAGGAUAUUCUUUUGUUGGUGAGUUAAUUUUCUCUGUUCAUAGAUCACUAUGGCUGAGUCCCAAAUGGAUCCCUUGUUCCCUUUUUAUUCCCUUGGUUAAAGGGAUGUAUAGGAGUGUAUAGGGACUGGGUUCCACUUGUAGACCCAGCAAGUGCCAUCUUUGAGCAGUAAAACAACUGCAGGCCUCCGCAUCGCCUAUGCUGAAUUUUAUUUAUUAGUUUGGUUCGGUUCAUGUUCAAUGUGAAAGACACCAGUAGUUGGGUGAUAAGCAUCUGUUCAAAUCAAUUCUGUGAUUCUCUGGUCGACAUAGGAACCAGAACUCCACAUGCAACCGCAAUCUGAGCGCAUACGAACAAGAUUUAAACAUUAAGUGGUUCCAGAGAACAAUCGCAGCAUUCUUGAAUGUGUGAAAUGGUGCAUUGUGGUUAAUAUGGAGUUCUCCGCAAUUUCACAGAGGUCAUUGAAAUUAAGGUCACGGGUUGCUGUAGGUCUGUGGUUUUGAGGGUUUUAUGCCAUGCUAACACUCUGAGCAGCUAGGGAAAAAAAGCACAUACCACUCCUGUGGUAAUGGUCAAUCCAGAAGAUUCUGUCUUCGGGGCUUAGGGUUACUGUUAGGCCUACACAGAAGUGUGCCAAAAUAUAUUUAAACAAGAAAGGAAACUCUUCUGUUGGCAACCAGGAAAUGCUAUUAACAAUAUUAUUACUGUACACCUCCACCCUUAACGGUUACAUGACUGUGUUUGUUGUGUUCUUGUGAUAUUUUUUUACCCGACAAUUGCUCCUUUUCACCAACGUUUCUUCUGCCUGUACACGGCCAAUCCGCACGGGGUUGCCAUGGUUAUACUGACAUGUAUGUAUGUAUGUAUGUAUGUACAUUGAUGCAUAUUAAAUUAUGAAUCACGUGUCGUUUCUC